AGAUGUGUGGCAUCUGCCCAUAAUCUGCGGCAAGGGAGGCUCACGAGAGCGGAAGCAGCGCCAAAUUGACAUCAUGAAGGUGGGAAAAAAUGAAAAAUCAAAUUUCGGGUGGUGACUGCGCCGCAUGGCGUGCGGCGACUUGCGAUGGAUUGCUGGGAUACAUAAUGUCCGGAUUGGAAGCCUUCUGGUUCGCUUUUGGUUUAUCAUCACAACAUCACAAAGCAACAACACAAUCCACAGGGGAUUACCUCUCAACUCAAUCUUGUUUUAUAGUCUUCGAAUAUCUCUACUUACUCACAUUUACCGAGUGUAAUAUCAUCAAGACUCGAAAUCGAACUUGAUUGCAUUUCCAAUCUCCUCAACCUACAACACCGUUUGAUAAACGCAUCUUUCAAUCACUUCU